UUAAACACGUUGUAAAGUAUGGUUGCAAAGAUAUCUUAUAAUUAAUACUUUUUAUCACUAACUAUCAUUAAUUUACAUAGUAUCAAUAAUACAGUGUAAUAUAUGAUCUUAUUUUAAGAAAAUCACAAAUAAUAUUAUAUUAAACUUUAUAAGUAUAUAUCGUGUGGUGACAUAAAGAUAGUAAAUUAAUCUAUUACUGUCCUGAAUUAAUAUAAAUAAAUUUCCAUAUCUUAUGGAAUAUUAUUAAAGAUAUAAAAUAUAAUUUAUAUUAUAUUUUGAUAGAGUUGAAAUCGUUUGGCACGUAAAAUAAACAGGAAGAUAAAUCGAAAUAUAAAAGGCAAAAAAUAAUCAUAAAUUGAAUGGCAUUAUGGAAAAUCCACAUAAAAAAAUGAUGACGUCAUGUACCAAUGUGUCAGAACAGGCGCAUCAUGUAUCAAGAACAAAACGUGGUCAAGCGAUAGGUCAUGUAAGAGGUUUUCGUGGUUGUACUGUAUGGUUGACUGGUCUAUCAGGUGCAGGAAAGACUUCAAUAGCUUUUCAAGUAGAAGCGAUAUUGGUCGAUCAUGGAAUUGCUGCUUAUGGGCUCGAUGGAGAUAAUGUCAGGAGUGGUUUGAAUUGCAAUCUUGGUUUUAGUAAAGAGGAUAGAAAAGAGAAUAUAAGAAGAGUUGCGGAAGUAGCAAAAUUAUUUGCAGACAGUGGACAAAUUUGUUUAUGUAGUUUUGUAUCACCAUUCGAAGAGGAUAGACAAAUGGCAAGAGAAAUACACAAAGCCUCGGAUCUUCCUUUCUUCGAAGUAUUUGUUGAUACUCCACUUAAUGUUUGCGAAGCUAGAGAUACUAAAGGAUUAUAUAAAAAAGCACGGCAAGGUGCUAUUAAAGGUUUUACUGGUAUAGAUCAAAUGUACGAGAGACCUAUUAAUCCUGACUUAGUGGUAACUACAGAAAACUGUACCUUAGAAGAAUCAGCUGCAACGGUGAUCGAUCUUCUGGAAAAACAGUGUAUCAUACCAGUAUUACCAAAACCUACUGCACCUAUAAGAGAACUCUUUGUUCCAGAAUCCAGAAUUGCUUCUGCUAAAGCAGAAGCAGAUACUCUGCAAAGUAUAGAAAUAACAAAAGUUGAUACCCAAUGGCUUCAAAUUCUAGCAGAAGGCUGGGCUUUACCACUUACCGGUUUCAUGAGAGAAAGCCAAUACCUACAGACGCAACAUUUGAAAUGUCUACUAGAAGGUGGAAAAGAAGUAAAUCAAUCUGUUCCUAUAGUUCUUGCUAUAAGUACUGCUGAUAAAAUUCGUUUGGAGGGACAUUCGGCGAUAACACUUAAACAUAAAAACAAAGCUUUGGCAAUAUUACGAAGACCGGAAUUUUAUUUUCAUAGAAAAGAAGAAAGAUGUGGAUGGCAAUUUGGAACUAACAACUUAGCUCAUCCAUAUGUUAAAAUGAUUUAUGAAUCAGGAGAUUGGUUGGUAGGUGGGGAUAUCGAAGUUUUAGAAAGGAUUAAAUGGCAUGACGGUCUUGAUAUAUACAGAUUAACACCCAACGAAAUUCGAGCUAAAUGUAGAAAAAUGAAAGCUGAUGCAGUAUUCGCAUUUCAACUUAGAAAUCCUAUACAUAACGGUCAUGCUUUACUUAUGCAGGAUACGAGAAAACGUUUACUCGAGGAGCGAGGUUUUAAAAAUCCUAUAUUAUUAUUACACCCGUUAGGAGGUUGGACGAAAGAAGACGAUGUACCUUUGCAUACAAGAAUUAUGCAACAUAAGGCUAUUUUAGAAGAGGGUAUACUCGAUCCUAAUUCUACUUUGUUAGCUAUUUUUCCAAGUCCUAUGAUGUAUGCUGGUCCUGUCGAAGUACAAUGGCAUGCUAAAGCCAGAUUGAAUGCAGGUGCUAACUUUUACAUUGUGGGUAGAGAUCCAGCUGGUAUACCACAUCCGAAUAAAAAAGCUACACCCGAUGGUAAUCUCUAUGAUCCAACUCAUGGUGCCAGAGUUCUUUCAAUAGCACGAGGAUUACAAAGCUUAGAAAUCAUUCCAUUUAAGGUUGCCGCUUAUGAUAAGAAAAAUAAGAAAAUGUCCUUCUUUAAUUCAGAACGGAAACAAGAUUUUGAUUUUAUAUCAGGAACCAGAAUGCGUGAUUUAGCCAAAGCAGGGAAAUGUCCACCUGACGGUUUUAUGUCUCCAAAAGCAUGGAGCAUUCUCGCACAAUAUUAUCAAAGUGGUAAUAAAAAUUAAUUUAAAUUAACUUAGAAUUAGAUAUCAUUUUAUAGUAGUCUAUUAAUUAGACCACUUAAUAAUACAGUGCAAUUAUUCUAUUAAAGUAUUACAAUGAUUAACACAUGUAUUACAACUUUAUAUACAAAGAGUAAGAGCAAAGAAGAAAUAUGCUUUUGAUUACAUGUUUAUACAUGUACGUUUAUAAAUUUUCCUCUUGUACAGCAUAAUAUCGGGGAUUUAUUCCUUCGUUAGAUAGUUUGAUACUUGCAAUGAUUCCACAAUGUGUAAGUAAAUUUUAUUUUUUACCUACAGAGAAACUGACGAUAUUUUCUAUAUAUAAUAUAUAUUUUACAUAUGUAUAUGUAUCAAUGAAAAAAAAGAAACGUGUGAGAUAUAUUUCGUAAUAGUAAAAAUUAUUUCAAAUGUUGAUAAUAUACAUAGGCUUUAGUAGUAAUAAGGUACAAAAAAAAAAUUAUAGCUACAAAAUACUUAUUAAAAAGAAGUAAAUUUAUAUUAAAUUAUGUACAAAUGAAUAAUUCAAUGUAUACAAUUACUAAGUAAUAAACAUUAUUAUAUG